AAUGCCGAAUAGGUGGGAUAUGUAGUCAAAUAAACUUUAAAAAUUAAUAAACGACAAGAAAGGCCUGCAAUAUAAAAUAAUUUUAACGAAUCAUUAACUUGGUCCAGCUAAUGAAAACCAAACAGGAACCUUGUGAUAAGAGGAGGAGAACCACCCGGACGGUCUUCGGAGACGGACUGGAAACCAACGCAGAGCCGACGCUGGAGGGAGAUUUGAGAGGCGCAUGGGGGACGGUCCACCUGAAAUCUGACCAACUUCUUGAUUUAUUUCUGCUUUAGCGAUUCAGUUUCGCCACCAUGUCAACAGACGGCGACGUAAAAUCGACACCGCGAGGGUUUCACUGCACCCUGUGCAAUGUCCAUUUACCCAACAUGCCCAGCCUGGAUCAGCAUGUGAAAGGACGGAAGCACCAGACCCUGAGCACUGUGCGCGCUACCAGGAAGACCCAGGAGGAGCACAGUGUGUUCGUCAGUGGCAUCAAGCCCGAAGUAUCUCAGACAGACAUAUCCGAGUACUUCCAGAAGUUUGGGACAGUCAGAGAUGUUAUCAUGGACAAAGAUAAGGGAGUGUAUGCCAUCGUGCAGUUCAGCGACACAGAGAGCACGCAGGCUACUCUGUCCUGCGUCGAGCACCAGCUGAAAGGCCUGAAGCUGCGAGUCAAACCUCGUGAAAAGAAGGAGUUCAAGUUGAUUCCCAAGAACAAGAAUGACUCCCACGACCUCCAGAAAUUCCUCGACCGUCUCAAACCUCAGCUGUGUGACCUGGUGUCUGUGGAUGCACAGAUGCAGUACGUAGUGGAGCGAUUUGAGCUGAGAGAAAAUGAAAAGAAGGCCAGAGGCUUGCUGGUUCAGCUCCUGCAAGAGGUUUUUGUAGAGUUUUUUCCAGACAGCCAGAUUUUAGCAUUUGGAUCAUCGGUCAACACCUUUGGGAUCCACUCCUGUGACAUAGACCUGUUCCUAGAUCUGGAAAACACCAAAGUGUUCCAAGCCCGUGCCAAGUCCACCACGGAGCAGGCAGGUGAAGGCAUGUCAGAUGACGGCCGCUCCGAGGACUCCAUCCUCUCUGACAUCGACCUGUCCACGGCCUCUCCAGCUGAGAUCCUGGAACUCGUGGCGACCAUCAUGAAACGCUGUGUGCCCAGUGUGCACAAGGUCCACGUGGUCAGCAGUGCCCGUCUCCCGGUGGUCAAGUUCCACCACCGCGAGCUCAACCUGCAGGGGGACAUCACUAUUAACAACAGACUAGCAGUGAGGAACACCCGCUUCCUCCAGCUGUGUUCAGGGAUGGAGGAGCGGCUCAGGCCUCUGGUUUACACCGUCCGCUACUGGGCCAAGCAGAAGCAGCUUGCAGGUAACCCCAGUGGUGCUGGUCCCCUCCUCAACAACUACGCUCUCACACUGCUGGUCAUCUUCUUCAUGCAAAACUGUGACCCUCCGGUCGUCCCCACCGUGGACCAGCUCAAAGACAUGGCCUGUGAGGAGGAGGAGUGUGUGAUUGAGGGGUGGAACUGCACCUUCCCCAGUCAGCCUAUAGCUGUGCCCCCCAGCAAGAACACACAGGACCUCUGCACCCUGCUCGCUGGCUUCUUCUCCUUCUAUGCUAAGUUUGAUUUUGCCGGUAGCGUCAUAUCCCUGAGAGAGGGGCGUGCACUUCCGAUCACAGAUUUCCUCACUCCGAGCAAAGAGGACGAGGCCAUGCAAGACGCGCAACCCACCAAGGCCCACCUCCAGCGGCCCAAGCUGGGCCCCCUGAAUCUCUUGGACCCUUUUGAGCUCUCUCACAAUGUGGCUGGGAACCUGAACGAACGCUCUCAGCGCAGCUUCCAGAAAGAGUGCCAGGAGGCUGAGAAGUACUGCCGCAGCCUGCAGUACCAGCGCAAAUCCACCAAGGGAAAGUCGUGGGGGCUGGUGCGGCUUUUCACGCCGCACGGGGAAGUCCACCACGCGAAGACGGAGCAGCUGGAAAUCAGCAUCCCCUUCAAGUUGGCGUCGCUCCCAGACGUUCUGCGUAAGGAGCUGCGCGGGGCUGGAGACGGUUUCAGGGCGCUGUGGUUCCAGAGGGUGUGCUCCGCUGCGGAGGGAGUGUUGAAAACCGUCCUCAAGUGUAACCUCUCUCCCUCUGCGAACGCCGCGUUUGGCGACGAUUCACCCGCCGCCCCCGAGGAAAUGGAAGCUUCGCUCGGGUCGUCGAUAAACGACAGCUUCGACAGCGUGGGAUCCCAGAGCGAAACCAGCCCCGCGGCCUCGGCGCCCGUCGGUGCCAAGAGGCCGCUAUCUUCUGGCAGCGACGCCUCUGAGUCGCCUCAGGGCAAAAAGCCAAGGCUGGCACGAAGGGCCAGGCCCGAACUCCCCCACUGGGUCUGUGUGCAGAAUCACAUGGUGUGGGCUGGCAGGAGAAAAGUGAGGAGGGAGCUGAUCAAAGACACGGACUCGAGGCCAGAGGGCAGCUGCGUGGAGCUGGAGUCCCAGGUCACCGCUCACAUCAGUGAAAAGGAGCCAGCGCUCAAGGACUCCCUGGAGUUCAAGGUUCAACCGCAGAUGGUGGGCGGGACAGAAAGCACCAAGGCAGUGUUCAGAAUGGAGCCAACCACCGACAAGACAGGAGUUUUUCACGACUUCUUCCAUUUCCUGGAAGCUUUCUUACCCAAGAUGGUAGAAACGUUUCUAGAGAAAGAAGUAGGCAGCACUUAAAAUGGGCUUUAUUCUGGGGUUUUCUUCAUUUCUGGAGUAUUUCUGUUUGUGGCUUUUGUACAUACAGUCUUUGUCAGAAUGUCAAUGUUUUGUUGUUGUUUUCAUUUUUACACUAUAUUUGUUUCCUGUUCAUGAAUCUAUCAAAAGAAGAUGUUCUGAUUAAGCCUGCUUUAAGUUUGACUCUUGGUUUUAGUAGAUUUUUGUUUAAAGUGUUGCUCUUACAUGACUUGGAAGUUGAAUCUUCAUUUCUGCAGACAUUAUCUGAGACCACAAAUGAAUAAAAGUCUGUGAAACACU